ACACGUGAUUGUUUUCAUGACGAAUGCAGCAAAUAACUCACUCUGGUUUGUUAAAAUAAACAUGAGGUGGGUCUUAAGGCUUUGGUAAAGAUCUGGUGACCACCAUAAUGCACUUUGGUUGGCUGAAAAUCACGUCAAUCAAUGAGAUAUACACGUGAUUUUCUAUCUUUGUUUUUAGCGACGCGUCUAGCUGGCGACCGAGAAGUAGCAAUGGACAUGGAGGAUUUUGAUAGCGAUGGCAGUGAUAUUGACAUAGAAUUCAAGGGAUUUGAGUCUGAGAGCGAGGACGAGAAUGAUUUCGUGCCGGUUGAUCCACUGGAUCGGGCACAGAAGUGGGAAUUGUUGGACACCGAAGGAGAGGAGGAGGAUGACUUUCGGGGAUUCCAGGUGGACUGGAGAACCGGCAAUUACGAGCCUCGGAAAACAAAGACAUUCUCUCGCAUACCGGGGGUGAAACAACCGAUCCCCUUGGAUGCUAGCCCACUCGAUGUGUUUUCCAGGAUCUUUACCGAUCAGCUGUGGGACACGUUAUUGACCGAAACGAAUCGGUACGCGGAACAGGUACGAGAUCAGACCCCCACGACCUCAAAGUGGACCCCGGUCUCGAAAACAGAAAUGAAAACAUUCCUCGGGCUGUGUCUUUGCUUUGGAAUUUUAAAGCUACCAGCACGCCGCGAUUACUGGAGGCAGACUAAGUGGCUCUACCAAACAAACGUCCCCAGGGCAAUGUCAAGGGACCGUUUCGACAUGAUCUGGAGAUAUCUCCAUCUAGAAGAUAACUUGGACCCUGCCUUGGAUAAAUCCGAUAAGCUGUGGAAGAUCCGGCGGUUCAUGGACCUCCUCUUGCAUCAGUUCCAGGCCCUCUAUGAGGUCAAUGGGUUUGUGAGCGUGGAUGAGUCCAUGGUAAAAUACAAGGGACGCCUUGCCUUCCGGCAGUACCUCCCCAUGAAGCCGGUGAAGUGGGGGAUAAAGGUGUGGGUCAUGGCAGAGAGCAAUACAGGCUACGUAAACAAUUUUCAAGUUCACACAGGGGCCAUUGCAGGCAAGACCGAGACAGGCCUGGCUUACCGGAUUGUGUCAGACCUGGCUAAACCGUAUUUUGGGUCAAACUUGUGUGUUUACAUGGACAACUUUUACACCAGCGUGAAGUUGUUGGUGGAUCUGCAGGUCAAGGGUGUGCAAGCGUGUGGCACAGUGCGUGCCGGGAGGAAGGACCUCCCUAAAAACAAGGAGCUGACUAAAAAGGCUGGUCUAAACAAACACCAAUUCAAUGUGGCACAGCAGGAUGACCUCACCUUCUGCGUCUGGCAGGACACCAAAACGGUCAUGGUCCUGUCCAACUUCCAUGACCCGACAGCUAAUGGGUCAGUGAAGAGGCGAACCGGUGGGCAACGCCAGAUUGAUGUUCGGGUGCCAGCAUGUCUUGCUGAUUAUCAGCAACACAUGAAUGGGGUCGAUUUACUCGACCAGAUGGUGGCCUACUACCAGAUACGACACCGGUCUACGAAGUGGUGGAGGAGGCUGUUCUUUUACCUCUUUAGUGUGGCGGGCUACAAUGCCUUUGUUGCUGCCAGGUCUGUGGGAGGACCUGGGUGGAAAUACCGGAGGAGCGGCUACAAGGACUGGCUGGAGGAUCUGUCCCAGGAGCUGAUCGUCCCUGUCACAGCAAGAAGUGCUCCCUGUGUGCUCCCCACCGCCCCAACAGGAGCUUCUGCUGACCAUGAUCUGGCUCAGAUCAAUACCAAGAGGAAGACCUGCAGGGAGUGCUCUCUAAAGCACAGCGGCACCGACAUGCGUGCAGGGUCUACAUUGAUGGGGUGCAAGCAGUGCAAUGUCCCUCUGCACCGCGAGUGCUUCAUGUACCACGUUGGUCGCGAGACCAGUUCCACCAGUUCCACCUCAGGACUUUCCCAUGGGUUGGAACUGUAGUUCUGACCUUUACAAUGCUUUGUUAAAAAUUGUAUUUUUGUAUUUAAUAUCGAUUUAUACAGUUUUUUCUUCUUAAUCUUGUUUUGAGAAUGUUUUUAAAAUGUUGCUGUUAUGGUUGUGCUCAGGGAGCAUGUUUUAAUAAAACCUGUAGUUCUU